AUGUCUCAACCAAGAAUCAAAGCGGUCUUUUUCGACUUCAUGGGAACAUGCCUCGACUGGCACAGCAGCGUAGUGCAGUCAUUGCCAGAAGCAAUUACCAAGGACGAAGCCUCACAAUUUGCCCUGGAAUGGCGCAGGCAAUAUUUCUUGGAGACCAGCAGACGCGUUGGCAAAAACCUCCACCCGGAAGAUAUCGACAUCACCCUUGCCCGCACUCUGGAAACUCUCCUUCACCAGUCACCCGACCACAAACAACUCUUCGAUGUCGAGACCAAGAAUACCAUCAUCGAAGCAUGGCACUCGCAGAAAGCAUGGCCCGAAGUCUCUGACGCAAUCAAGAGUCUUCGACAAGAUCUUGCUCUGGAAGUCUUCGUCCACGCGAAUGGUACGACACGGCUGCAGUUGGACCUGGCUCGGUCUUCGGGGUUGGAGUUCAACAUGCUGUUUUCUAGUCAGCUGCUGGGUGCUUACAAGCCUCGUCCCGAGGCAUAUGAGAAGGGGUUAGAGCUUGUGAAACUUCGGCCUGAGGAGGUGGUUCUGGUUGCGGCGCAUGCGUACGAUCUGCGCGGUGCGCAGAAGUGUGGAUUACGGACUGUGUACGUUCACAGGUGGACUGAUGAUAUUGAUGAGGAUAUGGAGGUGGUCAAAACUGAGUUUGAUGCAUUUUUGGAGAAUAUGGAGGACCUUCCGGGUGUCAUUGAGGGAUUGUGA